CCAUGCUUGCUUUCUUGCUUAUCAAAUCGGAUCCUAGGCCACGGUCGAAAAAAAUGCAGAAACUCCGGAAAAGGAAACAAUCCGAGCUUCAACCACACAACCAAGCACAUUUCUUGUCCAACAAGAAAUCCUCAGCCAAACGGGCCCCACCCAUCUCCGGCCUAAGCGAGGUGGCCAAAGAUCCGUACCCAACUCAUCAAUGGCCAACGCCGGACCAAUGCCGAGCCGUACGAGACGACCUCUUGGCGCUUCACGGCUUCCCUCAAGAGUUCGCCAAGUACCGCCGCCAAAAACCCACCACCGACAACGGAGAAGAGUCGGAAUCGAAGGAAAGUGUUUUGGACGGUUUGGUCAUGACUGUGCUUUCGCAGAACACCACGGAGGCCAAUUCUCAGAGGGCUUUUGCUUCUCUCAAGUCUGCUUUUCCCACUUGGGAACAGGUUCUAAAUGCUGAUUCAAAGUGUAUAGAGGAUGCUAUAAGAUGUGGAGGUUUAGCCCCAAAAAAAGCUUCAUGUAUUAAGAACACACUAAGGAGCUUGCUCGAGAGAAAAGGCAAGUUAUGCUUGGAAUACUUGCUAGAUUUCUCAGUUGAUGAAGUCAAGGCUGAACUUUCUUGUUUCAAAGGAAUUGGCCCCAAAACGGUAGCUUGUGUUUUGAUGUUCCACCUUCAACAAGAUGACUUCCCAGUAGACACACAUGUAUUUGAGAUUGCAAAAGCUCUUGGUUGGUUACCAGCUGGGGCUGACAGGAAUAAGGCAUACCUUCAUCUCAACCAACGUAUCCCAAAUGAACUCAAAUUUGAUCUGAAUUGUCUCCUAUACACGCAUGGUAAAAUGUGCCGCAAAUGCAUCAAGAAAGGGGGUAGCCAGAUAAAGAAGGGUUCAAGUGAUGACUCCUGUCCUUUAUUACAUUAUUGCAAAAGUAAUUAGACCGUGUUUGGUAAGAGGGAAAGAAUAUAGGAAGAGAGGAAAAUGGAUACGAAAGGGGGUACCUUUUUCGUAUUGUGUUUGGUAUCGUCUCAUCAAACCAGUUCGUAUUGGGGGAGAUUAAAACUAGAUCCUUUGAAUCCAUUCGCACCUCUUUUCCUUCAACCAAACAGCCAUAGGUCUUAAAAACCUUCCUCCCACAUCCCUCUUUCCAGUUUUUCCUCCUACCAAACAAGCUCUUAGUUUGGAACUGUAAAUAUUUGUUAAAGGUUUUUAUUUAUAUAUUUAGGUUUUCCUUUAUUCUGCUAUGCAUUUUCUCCCCCGUUAAGCUGUAAGCAAUUUUCCUUUUUGGGGUGAGGCGGGUAUUGAUGAUUAGUAGGACUGGGAGAAAAACUUGUGGACCACUUGUUGUAAGGGAACCGAAGCAGGCUACUAUGAGACAAAAGAUUUUCUUUCUAAAGAGAUUCUAUUAGGACUAUUAUAUGUCCAAGGUCCAAUAUUCAAAAAAGUUUAAGAGGUUUUUCUUGAUCACUCAUGGGAUCCGGGCGGUCCAAGAGGGACCAUCACGGCUCCUCUCUUCUCGAGAAUCUAUACAUGGACAGCUAUCUUUCGAGCACAAGUUUAGGUUUGGCCUCAAUGGGAAAUAAAUAGAAAAAUGAAAAUUAAGUGAUUUUAGAUUUUAAUCC